ACGCCCUCUGUUCUGUUUUAGAUUCUAAACCCAGGAUUCCUAGGCUCCCAGAAAGCCACCGGACCCUACAUGGAGCCAAAGGCCCAAAGCCCAGCUGCCAUGCCCCCAGUGGAGAGAACGUUUCAUGUCCUCGUGGGUGUCACCGGAAGUGUUGCUGCCCUGAAGCUGCCUCUUCUGGUCUCAAAGCUUUUGGACAUUCCUGGGCUGGAAGUCACAGUGGUAACAACGGACAGAGCCAAGCACUUCUAUAACCCUCAGGAUGUCCCUGUUACCCUCUACAGUGAUGCCGAUGAAUGGGAGAUGUGGAAGCGCCGCUCUGACCCAGUUCUCCACAUUGACCUGCGGAGGUGGGCCGACCUCAUGCUAGUGGCUCCCCUUGACGCCAAUACUCUGGGGAAGGUGGCCAGUGGUAUCUGCGACAACUUACUUACCUGUGUCAUCCGGGCCUGGGACCUCAGCAAGCCCCUACUCUUCUGCCCUGCCAUGAACACCGCCAUGUGGGAGCACCCUCUCACUGCACGGCAGGUGGGCCAGCUCAAAGCCUUUGGCUACGUGGAGAUUCCUUGUGUGAGCAAGAAGCUGGUGUGUGGAGACCAAGGUCUAGGAGCCAUGGCUGAGGUGGAGACCAUUGUGGCUAAAGUGAAGGACGUGCUCUUCCAGCACGCUGGCUCCCAGCAGCACUGAGCUGGGGUCUCUGGCCUCGUUUCCUGCACCAGUGAGUUCAGCCCGAGCUGUUGAAGAGGAAUGUCAGUACCUUGUAAAGAGCUUGUUUGCUGAGGAGAGGCUGGCCUGGGCCUUCUCGGAGCUUCCGUGGGAGCUAACCCUCUUCAAGCUAAACAGAGCCACAGACCCUGGUCCUACCUUCUUUCAACGAGGAAAUGCCUGCUUUCCAGAGGCCUACCCGUUUCUUCCUGGGAGAGGCCCAGUAAAGUAGGCAAACACUCUGCUACUGGAAGUAUAACUGAAUGACAGAGGGACCGCCUGCCUGGGAAUUGCUUUCA